AUGUUAAUCAUUAUAUAUAUAUAUAUAAAUCUUUCUCAAAUAAACGAACUUAAUAUUCGUCAAAAUUUAAUUAAAAAUUGGUCUCAAUUAUGGAUUAUUUUAGAAAAAUAUUUUCCCAAAUUAGAAAUCUUAAAUGUUAAUAAUGAUUAUCUUUUAUUUAAAUAUAUUUUAAAAUAUUUUCCAAAUUUAAUUGAUAUUCAUUUAGAUUUAAAUCAUUUAACUUUUAUAUUAGAAAAUUUUAUUAAUAAAAUAAAAAAUGUAACUAAUUUAUCAUUAUCAGAUAAUCAAAGAUUAAUAGAAUGGGAUCCAUUUAUUAAUCGAUUAGGUUUACUUCCAUUUCUUCAAGAAUUAAUUAUUAAUAAUUGUGGUAUAGAACAAAUUAAAUU